UACAAGGCAAGAGCACGUGAUCUGCAAGACGCCAACAUUUUACCUGCAACUUUUUUUAACUUUCUCUGUGUUCUUUAUCUCACACACCUUUUAGUCCAAUCACUGAAUCAAAAGCAUAAAAGAAUUAUUUGAUCCUUUUCAUAUUAUAUAAAUAAUAAUAAUUAAAAAACCCAAUUAUUAUUUAAUUCAAUUCCUUUUGUAUCUUUCCUAUAUCCGCCAUUAAAGACUCUCUCACUUGCACAUUGAUUCACAGAUGUUGAUGUUACCAGAUACAACAGCGACCCAAGAAUCAUAAUUGAAGAAAAUUGAAGUUGGGGAAUUUUGUCGAACAGGUGGAGUGCAUUCUUGAGUUCUACUGUUUACAAGAUUCUGAUUUCAUUUCUGUCUUUUGGGUCUUCAAAAGGGCAAGAAGGGUGUAUCCAAUAUGACGGCGAAUUUUGUUUAACAAAGUUGUUGAAUUUAUUAUAUACGUUUGUGAGCAAAGUUUGAAGCUUUUUGUUUCAAGCAUGAAGAAGAGAGAAGAUGUGUUUGGGGUGAUUGGGUUAGUUUUUAUGAUCUUGCUGAAUGUUUCCUCUGCAACUCUUUCUCCUUCUGGUGUUAAUUAUGAAGUUGUGGCUCUAAUGGCUAUAAAGCAAGGUGUGAAGGAUCCACAUAAUGUUCUCGACAAUUGGGAUUUAUCGUCCGUUGAUCCUUGUAGUUGGAAGAUGGUUACCUGCACCUCUGAUGGAUCUGUUUCCGCUCUAGGGAUGCCUGGUCAGAAUAUAUCCGGGACUUUAUCGCCUGCUAUUGGAAAUCUUAGCAACUUGCAAUCUAUUACGUUACAGAAUAAUGAGUUUUCGGGUCCAAUUCCGGUUAAAAUUGGGAAGCUAUGGAACCUUCAAACGCUUGAUCUUUCGGGGAAUAAGUUCAGUGGUGAGCUGCCAAGUUCUUUAGGGAAUCUCAAGAACUUGAAUUUAUUGCGACUAAACAACAAUAGUCUUACUGGACCUGUUCCUGAGUCAUUAUCUGAAGUUGGAGGCCUCACUCUUGUAGACGUCUCGUAUAAUAAUCUUAGCGGUCGGUUGCCUAAAAUAUCAGCAAGAACAUUCAAAAUUACAGGAAACCCUUUACUAUGUGAACAUAAUUCAGAAAAUGAUUGUUCAGUUGUUAAUCCUGAGCCACUCUCUUUCCCUCCAGAUGGUAUCACAGGUGAAUCUUCAUCUGGGAAUAAAAGUCGUCAUUUAGCGAUUGCCCUUGGCACAAGCUUUGGUGCUGUGUUACUACUAAUCGUAGUUGUCGUGUUGCUCAUUUGGUGGCGAUAUCGUAAAAAUCAGCAAAUUUUCUUUGAUGUUAAUGAACAAUAUGAUCCGGAGGUUUGCUUGGGCCAUUUACGGAGAUUUACAUUCAAGGAACUGCGGGCUGCAACCGACCAUUUCAACGCGAAAAACAUUUUAGGUAAAGGUGGAUAUGGAAUUGUUUACAAGGGGCAACUGACAGAUGGCACAAUCGUGGCGGUUAAAAGGUUGAAAGAUGAUAUUAAUUUUGGGGGUGAAAUCCAAUUUCAAACAGAAGUCGAAACCAUAAGUUUGGCUGUUCAUCGUAAUCUUUUACGCCUUUGGGGAUUUUGCUCAACUGAAAAUGAGCGGAUUCUAGUCUACCCUUUUAUGCCAAACGGGAGCGUUGCUUCUAAAUUAAGAGAUCAAAUAAAUGGUAAACCAGUUUUAGAUUGGUCAAGAAGGAAAAAUAUAGCUUUAGGAACGGCAAGAGGAUUACUAUAUUUACACGAGCAAAGUGACCCCAAAAUUAUUCAUCGGGACGUUAAAGCAGCCAAUAUAUUAUUGGAUGAAGACUUUGAGGCAGUCGUUGGUGAUUUCGGGCUGGCUAAGUUACUGGACCACGGUGAUUCUCACGUGACCACUGCGGUUCGCGGGACUGUGGGCCAUAUUGCUCCUGAGUAUUUGUCAACGGGUCAAUCGUCUGAAAAAACCGAUGUUUUUGGGUUUGGGAUUUUGCUUUUGGAGCUAAUUACGGGUCAAAGGGCGUUAGAUUUUGGAAGGACAUCUACUAACCAAAAAGUGAUUAUGCUUGAUUGGGUGAAAAAGCUCCGUCAAGACGGGAAGCUCAACCUAAUGGUCGAUAAAUCACUAAAGAACAAUUUUGACGCAGCCGAGUUGGAAGAAAUGGUUCAAGUUGCACUUUUGUGCACCCAAUUCAACCCGCUAAACCGGCCCAAAAUGUCAGAAGUGUUGAGAAUGUUGGAAGGUGAAGGGCUAGUGGAAAGAUGGGAAGGUUCAGAUAAUAUUGAAACACCAAGAUUUGGUGCCUUAGAAAAUUUCCCACAAAGAUAUGCUGAUUAUAUAGAAGAAUCUUCACUUGUUUCUGAAGCAAUGGAGCUUUCGGGCCCACGAUAGUGGGCCAGUGGCCCAAUGUUAUUGGGCUCAUUGUUCAAUCUUUGUUUGGAUUUGGAGAGAUGAUUUGUAUAAAACACCUACCAAUCUACCAUUUGUGAUCUUGUGGUGAUGUUCAUAGUUGAUGAAUUAAUGUAACUCAUAUGUACAAAAAGUAAAGAAAAUGUAGUGUAUAAUGGUUGUGGUAUUUUUUUUUAUUAAUAUUUGGUUUGGUUUGGUUUU